AUGACGACCCUUCUUGACAAUACUGGCUUGCCGCGUUGGGUUUAUAUACUUCUCAUCGUUGUCGGAUCGGUCCUCAUAUUGGUUACUAUUGCAAUCCUCCUGCGAUGCUGGUUCGUACGUCAAAGGGCCAAGACGCCCGAAUACAAUGGUCUCACCGGUGCCACCCGUCGGAUGACAGUAAGGCGCGGUAGGAUGGUCCCUACAUCUCAACACCUUUCCUUGACCGGAUCGAGGUUUGGUAUGCGACAAUUUGGACUACUCGCCGACAAUGAGUCUACUAUGACCGGCCGACGAAGUCCAUUCGAAUGGUGGAAUGGCAUGAUUGAUAGAUCUCAGUCUCGCCAAGAUAGCAUAUCCCAGAUGGAGGCAGGUUCAAUCUUUACUCGACCUUCCUCCAGAGCCACCACCAUCGCCACACGAAAGGAUUAUUUUGCACCAACCCCUACCACAAGAACACCGGAAAAGACCAAGGAGCCUUCUAUGAGGACAACUGAGCUCACCAUUCCUUCCCCAUCUCCUUCACCCACACCUUCGUCUCACCGACCAUCCAUAAAUUUCUCGAGGUCAUUUGCACAAAAAGUACCGUCUUCACCUCUUACCCAGCGUUCUCAACAUACCCUGUCACGCAUCGAAGAAAGCUCUCCGCCUACAACGGCUUUGAGUAACAGCCCUAAGCCUCCUAAUCGAUCUUCCUACUUUGCUGCUAUUCACCCUGUUGACAGCACCCCCCUCUCACGUCCCGUUCCUGAGAGCCGCCCAGCUACGACUUCUAAUCGAGAACCUUCAACCUCGAUAAUAUCUAGGGACCAGCCACUGUCAUCGCAAUCACCCCUGCCGUAUGACCAGGGGCGAAACAAUCCGACUUCCUUUUUGUUAGAACCCAUAUAUCAAGACUCUCGUCGCCUGAGUGGCCCCGCUUUGACAAGUUCACACUAUGUCGAAGAUAUCAAGGGCCAGCUACCGUUACCUCCACGACCAAAAACUUCUGGUGAUAGCGCAUCAAGGACGCCUAGGGGUCUAUCGCAAAACAAAAAUCAAAACUUAGUACCACCAAAGUUACCUAAGACGUUGGCCUUUCCCAAGCCAGUCAAGCAAACCACGUCGCGGCGGCAAGAAGUACCACAGAACAGCUCAAUGUAUCCACAGAUGGACCAAUCGACAUCGAAUCUAUCGAAGCGAGCAUCUACGGCUUCCCAAAAGGAUAGUGCAAAACCUACAUCCAAGUCUACUUCUCGAAAAUCGUCCAUGAGCAUCGGCCCCAGUGGAGUGGUUUAUGAGUCACAGCUGCCGGACUACUGGUCAUCAAGAACAGAUCUGCAAGAUCUGACAAGUACACUUGAUGUAAUAGGAUCGGAAUCUCGAGCUUCUUUCAAUAGCACCAGACGGAGCUUGAAGAACGUGGGAGCUGAAGGUGAGAGGGAUAAUAUAAUAGGGGUGGUGACAGUCCCCGGAAAAAAUAACAGAGUCUUACGGAAGAAAUCCCUAAGAAACUUGCAACCCCAGAAAGGCAGUCCAACAAAGUGA